AUGUAUAUCACCCCCAGAAGCACUCCUGACACGCCAAUUCGUCCAGUUCGCAUUUGCGUCUGCGGGGACGAGGGCACUGGCAAGUCCAGUCUCAUCACCUCGCUCGUCAAAGGCGUAUUUGUUACGAACAAAAUCCAACCAGUCCUCCCCCAAAUUACCAUCCCUCCCACCCUCGGGACCCCCGAAAACGUCACCACCACGACCGUCGUCGACACCUCGGCCCUCCCCCAGGAACGGAACAAUCUCGCGCGAGAGAUACGGAAAUGUAACGUGAUUCUCCUCGUGUACUCCGACCACUACAGCUAUGAACGGGUGGCUCUGUUCUGGUUACCAUACUUCCGCUCGUUGGGCGUCAAUGUCCCGGUAGUCCUGUGUGCCAACAAGUCCGACCUGGCGACUGGUCAUAGUGAGACGCGAGUGGUUGAGGAGGAGAUGCUUCCGUUGAUGGCAGAGUUUAAGGAAAUUGACUCGUGUAUACGUACGAGUGCCCGGGAGCAUCGUAAUGUCAACGAAGCCUUCUUCGUUUGCCAAAAGGCUGUCACGCACCCUAUCGCGCCGCUGUUCGAUUCCAAGGAGGCGGCUUUGAAGCCCGCUGCGGUAGCAGCGUUACAAAGGAUAUUCUAUCUCUGCGACAAAGAUCGCGAUGGAUAUCUAUCAGAUAAGGAGCUCAAGGAUUUCCAAAUCCGGUGCUUUUCCAAACCAUUGAACGAAGCGGAUCUUAAUCACAUCAAGGAUACCAUUCAAAAAGCCUAUCCGGACUCGGUUACGGAGUCAGGCAUUGACUGUCAAGGGUUUAUUCAUCUGAACAAAUUGUACUCGGAGAAAGGGCGACACGAAACAGUCUGGAUCAUCUUACGGGCGUUCCAGUAUACAGAUAAUCUCUCCCUGCAAGAGAAGUUCCUACACCCGAAGUUCGAAGUACCGCCGUUCGCUUCUGCCGAACUAUCACCCGAAGGCUAUCGAUUCUUUGUGAAUCUCUUUCUUCUAUCUGAUAAGGAUAAUGACGGGGGUCUGAAUGAGGCCGAACUUGAAUCCUUGUUUGCCCCUACCCCGGGCUUGCCUGCGUCAUGGGCCGACGGUUCGUUCCCAUCCUCCACAGUCCGCAAUGAGGCAGGACAUGUAACACUGCAAGGCUGGCUUGCCCAGUGGAGCAUGACUACCUUCCUGUCUCCCAAAACUACCCUCGAAUACUUGGCAUACCUGGGCUUUGAGCCCUCCGACCAAAGCGAUCAAUCUAUUACUGCGGCGCUGAAAGUUACACGUCCACGAAGAAAGCGUCGCCGCCCGGGCCGUGUUGGACGCAAUGUUGUCCAAUGUCAUGUUCUGGGAGCCCCUGGAUCCGGAAAAUCGGCCCUGCUCGAUGCACUUCUUUCCCGCGGAUUCAGCACCACCUACCACCCUACCAUCCAACCACGUACCGCAGUGAAUACGGUGGAGCUUCCGGGCGGGAAACAGUGCUACCUGAUUUUGGAUGAACUAGGUGAGCUGGAGCCUGCUUUGCUGGAGAACCAGUCGAAACUUCUGGAUCAGUGCGACGUGAUUGCGUACACAUACGAUUCCUCGGACCCGGACUCAUUUUCGUACAUUCCUGCAUUGUUGGCAAAAUAUCCUCACCUGGAGGAGCUCCCGAGUGUAUUUGUUGCCCUCAAAGCCGAUCUGGAUCGGACGACGCAGCGAGCCGAGCACCAACCUCAUGAAUACACGGCUAUGCUGAACAUGCCUAGUCCGCCGCUCCAUGUGAGUGUUACGUGGAGUUCUAUCCAGGAGGUGUUUGUCCAUAUUGCCGAGGCUGCCAUGGAACCAAGCACCGCUUUCCCGCGUAGUGAAGAGGAUGUGGAGGGUAAAUGGAUGUCGUGGGGAAUUGCUCUCGGAGCGGUGGUUUGUGCAGGCGCCGCCGCGGUGAUGAUAUGGCGACGAGUUGGAAGCGGCAAUUAG